AGCCUUCAAGCCACAACCAAAAAAAGGCAUUCUACUGAUGCCGGGAUGAGCAGAUUUCAGCUUUUUUCAUAUGCUGGAGCUACUUAGUACUAAACUCACCAAAUUCUAUGCUCUAGUUUGAAGAUUUCGAUCAGAUUUCUGAACUCAUCUAAAGACCGUUACGGCUUCGAAUGUGAAACCGAUGGCAGCAGCGCAACGAACCUCUUCUAGCGGACGAUGUGCGUCCCCCGCCGCGGGGAGUAGAUCCUGCACCACGACAAGAUCUUCAUUGGCCGACGACGCCAUUGCAGCCCCUGAGACCAGAUGUAGUUUUGCAAGGGGGCCUUCAGAAGACCACAUCUCGCCACUAUUGAUGUCUUCAUCUAGUCCCAGCUCGCCUUCAUCGUCGCGGGCCGAGUCUAGUAAUCACCCGUCGAAGAAAAUGAAGACGCUUCUCGAGCAGUCGCCGGGCGAACACGAGGACGACGUAGAAGAUUACAACUUCACGGAAAGCUGGCAAGAACCUUCGUCGCCGGAGCGGGGAGCUGAACACGCAAUAGGGAUGAAUAUCAAGCAAUCGAGCGCUUCGGACGAUGAUAAUUUCUCGUCCCCAAGACGAAGAACCUCAAGAGACGCUGCGUCGUCGUCGUCAAGUAGCAUGAAGUCCAAGGCCUGCCACAAGAAGCCACUCGGGGUCGUCCACACGAGUAUGCUCUCCGACAUAGGCCGCAUCGCGCAUCUAGGUGCUGGAAGUCGGGGCAGCAGGCGGACGCAUUCUGCUAGAAAUCAUUACGCAACAACAACAGCGACCAGGUCGUGGACAUCAACUGGUCUUCCCAGUUCUGAUACUAUAUUUCCCGGCCGAUAUGAGGAAAUAAAUGUAGAUGAUGCUGGAGGUCGAAAUACCCGUGCUGCUCAGUUCGUGAAAAACAUCGCAAAUAACCCUUUGCUAUCUCACAGCACCUGCAGCACCACCGCAACGACAGUGAACAACAUGUCAGCGUCCAUGCAGGAUUUUUCUUUUGCAGCCUCCGUUCUGAGGAACAGCAACCACCUAGCCAGACAAUCAACAGACAGCGAAAGCAGGAUUCAGCUGCUGGAGAUCAAUCUGGCAAGGAAGCGCGACACCUUAAACACGGUGCUGGCCCGGUCCAGGAGGCACUUCCUGCAUUUGAGUUUUCGCUCCUGGGCGAGCUUUGUGUUGCUGGCGAAGAAGGUAUUUCUUUGAAAGAAGUUCUUGAUUACGCCUCAUUGACGUGCUUCUGAUGCAGGAAGACGAAGACCACAUCAAACUGCAUGCAAUCCUCCAUCGGUCGUGAAGACCGCUGUUGUAGUGCUACUCCAGGUUUAUUACUGCAUGACAAGGAUAGUACUUACGUGGGUGCGAAUCGAACUCAAAAGGUAACUACUACAGGUCUCCGAGCUCCGGCGCGUAAAGGAACAGCAACGGCGGCUGAAACUCGAAGCCUCGCUGUCAAAGUUUGCCGCUAACCAGUGCAAAAAUACGUGUGUGAUUGGAAAAUUGAAACCUUUCUGAUGCGCAGGUGCUAGCAGCAGUUUAAGUUUGCUUGUCAUGCAAGAACGCGAAGUGUCACUCAAGUUCAUCCAGUCAGGCUAUACUUACGCAUGCGCCUUCUAGCCGGGCAGAAAAUUCUCGUCCUGCUGUAGCUUGACCUUGACCGUGCAUGAACAGCAUUACACUGCGUUUUGACUUUGAGGUGACGCUGUCUGCAUCACACCAACACAAGUGGACGACCCUGGAUCUAAACAUACUGUAUUUGGGAUGCAUAUCUGCUCUGGUCGAAAACAAGCUGAAGUAUCACACGGACAAGGCCUUUCACGAAUUGCAAACGCACUCGGAUUUCUUUCGCUUUGGCAUGAUCGCCGCGAGUAAGGUGAAGAGCAUCGCGAGCAAAAAGGACGAAGAACUCGCGAAGCUGCAGACGAAACUCACGCGACUCACGCUGGAGUUGGCAAAGCGGGACAAGGAAAAGGAAUUUGACCUGGAAGCAAGACAAAGGGAAAAAGCCCAGCACGAGGAGAAGUUUAGGCAGCUGAAGCAAGAAAACGAAAAACAGCUGGAGCAGAUUUCGCUCGCAAGUCCAAUGUUGCCGAGUACUAGCAACUACCCCAUUGAAGAAGACGAUGAACACAAGAAGAAACGGAGGGUAAAGAACCUCUCCUGCAGCCCGACGAGCCUAGACGUGAAUAUCUUAGCAGCUGCUGUGCCGGAACAAGAUCCCGACCACGACGCAGCUGCUGCAUGGAAAAGCAAAAUGGAACACGAGCAAGCAUCUCUCGUCCAGCAAAAGCGGGAAGAAGAACACGAGCUUGUGGAGCGGCAGAUGAAGCAGCUCCAUGAAAAAGCGCUUUGCGAGUUGAAGCUGCAGUACGAGCUCGAGAUCACGGAACGGCUGAAGCACCAGGAGAACACAUUGCAACAAACUCUCCAACAGCGCCACGACGAGCAACUCGCGUCUCUGUCAGCGAAACACGCUGCCGAGCUGCAGCGCUACGAGACCCUCGUCGCGACCAAAAACGCCGAGUUUGGAAAGCAGACCGCGGCUUUGCUGGAGCUUCGGGCGACCACGGAGGGCGCGUUCCCGCAACUGGAAAAGAGAAUCAGACUGCUGACCGAAGAAAAGGGCAAGCAAGCGGAUUUGAUAGAAGGUCUCGAGAAGAAACUGCAGGAACAGCAGAAACAGUUCGAGUGGUGCCGUGAGACGGAAGCGGAAAAGGGACGAAAAGUUCGGGAGGAGUUUGAACGGGAACUGCACCAUGAAAAGCAGAAGGGCAAGAACGAGAGCGAGAAGCUGAACCUUGACAACCAAAAACUUCACCACGAGAUCCAACAGCUGUACAGCAAGGUGGAACUGGAGCAAACGCAAAGCAAGUUGGAGAAGGAGCUAUGCCUUUGCCAAGAACCCUGGGUGUCCUCCGGAAGAGUGCAACUUGUAAUGCUGCCCUUGGAGGAUGCAAAAAUCUGUCUUGCGUGAGCAGCAACAAGAGUCCGGAUUUUCUUACGCUGACGAGGAGGCAUUUCUCAUGCAAUAUAGGCAUCAAGAAGUAAAGUAUUCCUCGCAAGAGCUGUGAUGCUAGGGGAAACUACAUCCCAGAUCGAUCAUGGGCCUUGCAAAAUGGGCAUGAAAUGUUUUGCAAACUUCCAGAGGUGGACCACCCAGAUACAUUUGCAAUGCAUAGGAGCAGAUUCAGCACAAGAUCGAGAUUUUCUCCCAGCAGAUCGAGGAGCAGAAAAAAGUGAUGGAUCUGGAAAGAGAUCAGUACGACGAAAUGAACGAGGACCUGACAAAGCGGGCGUCUUUGCUCCAGCAAGCCAACUUGCAACUUAAAUCGGUUUUGGAAAAGAGGCAGAAGGAAGCCACUAUUUCCCUUGCCGAGAAGCAGCAAUUAGUGGAACACUUGCAGCAACAAGUUUGCCUCCUCCAAGCGCAGCUGACGGAUGCGGAAGAAAAGGGGUUUCAGCUGCGGAAGCAGUGCGCGGUGGAAAGUAACAACUGUUCCAUGGUGAAUCAGAAGUGCGAAGAGUAUAGUUCAGCGCUCGAAAGAGUCAGAGAAGUUCUGCUGCGGGAGGUGAGAAGAACAAGAACUACACCGGACGAUGAAAUAAAGAAGAACUGUGGUGUGGAAGAUGAAACGCGUGCAAGAACGGACGACGUUGAGAUGGACGACGGUAUCCAUAAUUGUAGUGCUUUCAUCAGUUAUCAAAUCAACCACGAUGUUUAGCGACGAAUGAUCCGUGCUCGACGACUAUGGAUAUAAGUACUUGGGUCUCGUCAACAUACCAGGUAGUCGUUUAAUCAUUCAUUUCCACGACCUAUGAAAUGACGAUUGAAAAACAACCCCAGGAGCCGCAACCUCAUUUCCGCCCUUACCUUCCGACGCCACUCCUGUUGAAGCCCUGUUACAGAACGUCCUGCUAGGCUUCAAGAAGAAAAUCGAAAGCAUGGAAGCUGCUGCGGCGCAACACUGUUCGUCCAAGGACGAGGAAGUUGCAGGGGAAAAAUGUACCACGAGAGUAGCUGCGGCCGUCGCCGUUGCCUGUCUAUCCAUUGCAAACAUGUCUGGGCCUGGAUGAAAUAAGUACUUACAUUACACAUGCUUGUGAUGAUGCAGGUUUUGCAUGAAGCAGAGGAUCCAGAUGUCAUUAACCUGACAUGCACCAGAAUUAUCUGGAACGCACGCAAAAACAGUAUGUACAGGUUUUGCGCAGGCUUUUCAAAAAUGUCUAUCCCGAACGGUAAGUUUUUCGCUCUUCCCGUAGCAAGGAGUGGGCAGCUUUAUGUGGAGCUCAUCUUGCAGUAUUACAGAUUUUGGACGUGAUGUGGUCGUGCGUUCUUCCAGAUCCAGAGCUCCCAGAUUGAAAUUUGCAAAAAUGCAUACGUUCCAAAAGAUGACAACUCCGACACGAAUUUCAACGAUGAGGACGACAAUUGGAAUGCGGGAGCGGAACUAGACGCGUACGCAGAACUGGUGGAGCAGCUGCAGGCGAAAUUAAAAGACACGAAGCUGGAACUGCUGGAUGUCACGAGGGAACGGGACAGAUUGUUGGUGCUCAACAGGAAUCAUUGUGCAGCCAACGAGUGUGCAGCUUAGGUGAUUGGAAAUAACGACCACGCGUUUUUGAUCUCUUGCUCUUCGAACAACCCAUCGGCCCGAACGUCACCAUGUUCGUUGACUACAAAACACUUUCGGUUGCGCUUCAUCAAUAUUUUAUUUCAGUUCUUUGGACAAACAAAAAGGACCAAGUAGCACAAACGGAAACCUAUGUAUCUUCCUGCACCUGUUGCUUCAAAUGAAGGCCAACAAGGCCCCAC